CCCUCCAUUCCUUUAACUUUAAAAACCCAACAACAACAGUGAGUCGUCCCAUAAAGCAACCCCAUUUUAGGCCCCUUUUAAAAGAGCCCUACCAUAAUACCACAAAAUCGUAGUCCUAGUUGAUUUAAAGCAAGGAAACAAACAAAAAGAUUGUAACUCUGAACUCCAUUGUGAGGUCAAUCUCCAAGAUUCUUGCUGAGGCCAAAAUGCAACAGGGGAGCAAUUAUUACUUCAUGAGGAGGAGCCAUGUUCCAGCAUUUGGUAGCUGGGACUGUAACGAUGAUUCCCCAAUUCCAUUCACACAGUGCUUUGAAUCAGCUAGGCAAGCUGAUUUGCUUCGUUGCAGCUACUCUGAAGACCGUGAUUUAUACGUCGCCGGCGAUCUUUACCAGAAUGAUAUUGUAACUCCGAUCAUGAUCGUCGUUCCUCGUCGUAAGAUGAAAGCAAGUAAUGAAGCAGUUGGAAAAGCAGGAAAGGACACGUGGGUGGUGUGUGACUAUGAGUAUGAUGUGAAAGAAGCAGCAACUCCAACUCCACCACCACCUAAAAGGGCUGUGGAUGAAGAUCUCUACAAGAUUUCCCCUGAUUUGCUCUACGCUAAGCCUAAAAGGGCAUUAGGGGUUUCUUUUCAAGCUGCUUACUGCCUAUUUGUGCUUCUUGAUUCUGAAGAAGCUUGCAAACAAGAGAAAUUCAGAACAUAUAGGGCUUACUGGAAGGGUAGCUAGUUUCAUUGUCUAUACUAUAAAAUUAGUAUAUAGAGGUAUUUUCUUGGGGAUUUUUAAGCAGUAGUAGAAAGUGGCCCAAAAACAGAUAGAAUGUUGGCAAGCCCAAGAAGAUAAAUAUCCAUCAUUAUAUUAUGAUGAUCACUGAGAAGCCUUCUUUUGUCUCUACUCUAUUUGCUAAUUAAGUAGUAUAUAUGUUUCUUUUUGGAAGUAUUUGGAUGUCCUACUCCAACUGAAUUAGCGUUUCGCUUCUGUAACUUGAAAAUAUCAAAGAAGGGGUAGUAUUGGAAUAGGGAUUAAAAGGCUAAGAUUACUUUAUGAGAAAAGUAUUCUUCCCUCUG